AACAUAUAAACAAACGUUUUGAGCACACAUCCACUAGAGGUCGCUGUAUCCAUCGUAGUUAUUAAAAAGGGACGACCUAUAGAAGUGGCGGACAACUUGAUUAUUCUUAGCAUUCACCAGAUAAAUUCUUAUAAACUAAGAAACUUAGCAUUGCUACCAAAUUAGUAUACUGCCUUUUGGAAAUAUUGAGAAAGAUAAAUAAAAGUUUUUUCUUUUAAAAAGAACGUUUCUAGAAUUUCAAUUGUAGGAUAUUCAACUUGUCAUAGAAUUUUAAGAAAGUACCUUUUGUCAGUGAAAUAAUAUUUAAAAGUCGCUGAGAAGGAAAAGUCGCUUUACUGAGAAGAUUUUGACGAAUCCAAUCGUUCUGUCCAAGUUACGAUCGACCAAGUCCGUUUUUGACUUAUUUUUGUUCUUAAGAUAUGAUCGAGACUGCUAGUAAGAACACAAAUGGCAGUUUUCCUGUAUCUUCCGUCUGCAUUUCGAACAGAAAAGGCACUGAUGUUAGUGUAUCGUUAGCUUCUUCAUCUGAAAAUACUGUUAGAGAUGAACAUGAAAGGGGCCAAUGGAGCGGAAAGCUGGACUUUCUUUUCAGCGUAAUUAACUAUGCUGUAGGUUUGGGAAAUGUAUGGAGGUUUCCUUAUCUGUGUUAUGAAAAUGGUGGAGGAGCUUUCUUGUUCCCUUAUUUAAUAUGUCUUGUACUGAUUGCUGGUCCGGCAUUCGUUCAAGAAGUUUCCAUUGGACAGUUCCUGAGUUUGGGCGGAAUCAGCAUUUGGAAGAAGUUAGCUCCCAUGUUCAAAGGAGUGGGCUAUGCUUCGAUGAUGAUCGUCGCUCUGUACAAUAUAUACUUUAUAGUUAUUGUCGCGUGGAUUCUUCUUUAUCUGAAGUCAUCUUUCACCUCUCAACUGCCCUGGGCUAGAUGUGAUGGUCACUGGAACACUGAGAAUUGCGUCAAUCUCAAGAUGAACGCCACUUUACUAAACGUUACUGCUUCUGUGAAAGAUACGUCACCCGUUGUUGAGUUCUGGGAGCGAUAUGUGUUGGGAAUCACCGAUGGAAUCCAUGACAUGGGCAGUCUUCGUUGGGAAUUAGCUCUGUACCUGUUCGCUGCAUGGGUAUUCACCUAUUUCAUCAUAUGGAAAGGACUUCAUCAGAGUGGAAAAAUCAUCUAUGUGACGGCACUUUUUCCAUACGUGAUUUUAACCAUUCUCUUGAUCCGAGGGGUGACAUUAGAAGGCGCAACCAAUGGGAUUCUCUACCUCGUCACACCUAACUGGGAUAAACUCACUGAAACAAAGGUGUGGAUUUCUGCCGGCACGCAAGUCUUUUUUACUUUUGGCAUCGGAUUCGGAUCUGUCAUUAAUCUUGGAAGUUACAAUAAGUUUCAUCAUAACUUCUACAGGGAUUCUAUUCUUCUUUGUAUUGUGAAUCCUUUGACCAGUUUUUUGGCAGCAAUUGUUAUAUUUUCAGUUCUUGGUUACAUGGCUAAUGUUCAAGGUAUUGCUGUUUCUGAAGCAGUCAAAUCAGGUCCUGGAUUAGCCUUCUUAACGUACCCAGAGGUUGUGCUGCAUUUACCACUCUCUCCCAUAUGGUCUGUGCUAUUUUUCAUGAUGCUGUGCGUCCUAGGAAUCAACAGCCAGUUCUGUACAACAGAGGCGUUGGUAUCGAGUCUGGUUGAUGAAUGGCCCUAUUAUUUAACCCCUAGACGAAAACUCUUCUCUUUCAUUGUCUGUUUUGCUCUCUUUCUUCUAGGAUUGCCUAUGGUCACUAAUGGUGGUAUGUAUCUCUUCCAACUGAUGGAUUUUUACUCUGCCAGUGGAAUAUCUUUACUCUUCGUCGUAUUCUUCCAGACUGUAGCCAUUUCUUGGAUAUAUGGAACGGAGAGGCUCUCAAAGAACAUAAAUACAAUGAUUGGUUUCCAUCCAGGCACAUUUUUGAAAACGGGAUGGAAAAUAUUGAUUCCGCUUGGAACUGUUGGUAUAUUCUUCUUUUCCAUUGUUGACUACUCCCCCCUUGUCUAUGCUCAAGUGUACAGAUAUCCUUGGUGGGGUGAAAUGAUGGGAUGGCUCAUUGCCCUCUCCUCCAUGAUCUGGAUCCCUGGUUACAUCAUUUACUACAUCUACACAGCACAGGGGACACUCAAACAGAGAAUUCAAAAUGGCCUGACACCAGUACUGGACAGAGAUGACAACAAUCCUCCAUCCAUGGUUAACAUACAACUACAGGAGAAUACUUAUGUGUAGACAGAUGUGCUUAAGUUCAUAUAGCUUUAUUAUGUUUGAAGAAGAAAAAAAAAGGAAACUGUGAUGUGCUUUUUUUUACAAAAAAAGGUUUACUGUGAUGUAAACAUUCCAUGCAGCUGAUAGCUGAUGGGCGAGCCAAGUAAAGAAAUGUGUAUUAAACUUUAUCAUUGAAGCACUAAUAUCAUGCUAUUUAUUCAUAUUUAUUUUGUAUAUAGUGACACUGGGAGAGAAAUUGCAGCUCAUUUCAUGUUCUUCACAAAAUUAUUCUCGAGUAGCGCUGAACGCUGUACAGCUGAUAUUUAUACAUACCUCGAUAUCACGAACUCCGAUAACUCAAAUUUUUUCAUUACUAUCAAAAGUAAUAAUAAAUCUCAUUCGCUUUGCUGGGAAUAGAAAAUAUAAGCUAUUAUAAUGUAUCAAGCUAUAUUAAGAAGCAGUUCUUAGUUUUAUUAAACCAACAACUCUGUUGAUCUAAAAAUUGUUAUUCUAAUUUUAUCGCUUGCUUUUUUAUUAUUUAAAUAUUUUUAUGUGCUUAGUUUAUUUUAUUCAUGCUUUUGCUAGCCAAUUAUUUUUUAAUAUUUUCAGACUUUUAUACUAUUUUAACCCAAUGUAUUUUUCGGAAUAUUUAAAAUGAUUAACAAUAAGAAAAAGGAGACCAACAGAAAAGAAUGGUUCAAUGGCUCUGCAAGGGCUGUAGUGCCAGGAGGAUGAAAUUUUUUCAGUGAUUUCCCCCCUUAUUCCUGGUAUCUGUAGAUAAAAAAUAAAUCAUAAAAUAGCUAAUUUGAUGUAUAGUAAAGAAACUUGUCUUACGUGGCAAAACGAUUGGGUAGAAUCAGAAAGGGAGCAAGUUGACGGAACAGCAAGCGAAGGAGUAUUAAAAAGGAAGUGAAGUUGAUGCAAUUUUUAAAAUGCCAUUUGGCUAAAUUGUAAAAAAAAAAAAAAUAAUUGAGAGGAAUCUUCCUUUGAGUUCGUGAUAUCGAAAUUUGAUUGCACAAUUUAAAUAAGUUUUACUUAGUGAAAACGCUGCAAUGCUUAUGACUUGAGUUUUCACACAGUCAAUAGCUGUUCUUUGUAAAAAUAAAAAAAAAUAACAAUAAUGUAUUUAACCUUUUAAUUUUCUUAAGACGCAAUUUAAACCGUAUAUACUAGAGUUCUAUAAUAUUUUUUUCAGAAAUUCUCUGAAAUUAAACGGUGUGAAAUAUGUAUUGGUGUCAAAUAAAUAAGGAGAGGGUAUACUUCGUGAUACAUAGUACAAAUAAAGGUACCGAAAUGGACAUACUAUAGUUUCGAUUCUGUAAACAAGGAACCUUCAUUACCAUUGUGCUUGUCUCUUUUUAUGUUUAGACACUAAUAAAAGUUUUUGUUUAUACAGUCUCAGAAAUUAAACGCUCACAUUUGUCGAUUCAGCAAUCUUUGUGCUGAAUUUCGUUAGUUUUGAGAAUUAUUCCGUCACAAAAUCACGUGAUUUAUGACGAAACGCGAACUUUCAGAUAUAUGACGAAAAUGUUUCCUCGAUUACGGAAUCUCAUUGUUGGGCGUUGUGAGAGAUUUAAGACUAAACGAUCGAAACUAAAGGGAUGAUCAAGCUGACCGGCUAUAUAGUGGUCAAAGAGUUGGCCUCGUUAGUACCAGGGAGAUCCCGGGUUCGUAUCCCGCUACUGGCAUAGGUGAAAUAAAUCUCAGUCUUUUUUAUGUUGUUUGGGUGACAUUAAUCCACCUAUAUGGUGUCCAUAUAGGUGUUCCAUGAUAAAGUGAUAAUUAGAUACGAUAGGCUCCGCUACGAGGGUUAUUAUUAUUAUUUUUCGGAAAAAAGUAGAAUGACGAAAUAUUUCUUUAAUUUUGACAAAAUUCAUUUCCUCGUCACUUUGACGAAAUUUUUACUCGGAGCAUAUACCAAGAAACGGUUUCAUCAAAAACGCAGAAAGUUUCUUGAAAUUUAAGCACUCAUUUUUCACCGUGUAGAACCAAAAAUGUAGUAAGUCUAUUUCAGAACCUUUGUUUGUAAUUUAUUCACAUUGUUUUUCAUUCAAUCGUAUAUCAGCAUUUUCCUAAUAAUUUUCCACCCACAGAAAAUUUUAUUAAAUUAAAUUGGAAUUAUUCAUGAACAAUAAAAAAGCUUAAAUUAUUUAAAUAAAAAAGCUUUUUUUUAAUUUAAAUAAUUAUAUUUCUAAUAAUAUUAAAUACUUCUCGAAAAACAAAAUAUCAAUGAAAUAUCAAUGAGAAAGAUGAACUGGUUUGACAUGCGGCAUUAAAUACACGUUUUGACAAUAGGUUUAGUGAAUCAAUGUUUUUAAUGCUAUUAUUGAAAAGUGAAAUGGUUGCUGAAUAUUUUCUUUCCAAAUUACUUUAUGGAUGACAAGUAUUCUGUAUUUUUUAAUUUAGUUGAUAAUAAAUGUGCUAUUUUAUUACUUGUAACUAAACGGAGCCAACUUGUAAGAUAUUUUCGUUGAUAUAGAUCUAAAUUAUGCUUUGCUGCUUCAAAUCUAAAAGAGCUUUGUUAUUUAUGUGCUGAUGAUUAUUAAAUUGAAAUAAAGUAGAUUUGAAAAUCCACCUUAUAGCAUGGAACCCUUGUUGAAUUGAUUUUAAUUAAUAGAAGUUAAAAAUAUUUUAUUUUACAUUUUAAAGAAAUUAUACACAAAACUUUUUCUCAACUGUAGAGAUUUUUUUGACUGCAAGGAAAUUUCUUUAUCUUUGGAAUUCAUAAUUAAUGUUGAUAAAACAUUUAUUUUUCAUACUAGUAUUUAAAUAAAACAAAAUCUCCUCUAUUUUAGUAAACAAAGUUUGUAUAUUUUGCAUAUUUUUGUAUUUUUUUCAUAUUCAAAUGAUGUAUUCUUGUAAAUAAUACUUGAUGUAAUGUAGCUAAUUGUUUAUAUAGUCAUAUAGUCUGUGUUUGAAGGAUAUAUUUUUUCACAAUAUAUAUGGGUAAUUCUUCAGAAAUUGUGACAUUUAACAGUGAUAAUUUAUGAAAAAAAAGCAUUAUUCUACACGCAUUUUGGUGCAUGAUUUGUGAAUGUUAAAAAUGAAGCAGGUUUAUCUCGUCAAAAUGUUAAAAUUAAAGUAAUUGUGUAAAUGAAGAGAAGGAAAAAUUGCCGGCAUGAAUAUUAAGAAAACAAUGAGGUUUUAAGGAAUAAGGUUUAGGGAAACAACGAAUAAGGUUUUGAGGAAACAAUAACAGAAGUGACAAAAUGUUAGAAAAUAUUAUUCUGCCUAAACGAUUGGUUAUAAUCUAGUAAUUAUCGAUAUCAGUUAGCUAAAUUCUUUAUGGUGAAAUAAAGAUUAGUCUUUAAGAGAAAAAUGAAAUAUGGUUGAGAGGAAACGAUUAACAAAAGUGUGGUGUGCUGAAGUUGAUUUGGUUGCAAGACUCAAGAACCUUUAAUCUGACCUGCAUAAAAAGAAUCUCGUGAAAAAUUAUUUUAUCUCCGUUGGAAUUAAUUUGUAACCAGUUAGUAGUUAUUUUAAUAAUGUUUAUUGUAAAAAUCUGUUAUGAAAAGUGAACUUAGAUACAUUUUUCUUCACAGUAAAAUAUCUGAUUAGAAGGUUACAGGAAGAAAUUUUUUUUUAAAUCCAUAACAUUGAGGUGUCAGUCAUAAUAUUUAUAUUAAAAAUUUGAUUGAAUCUGUGAUUAAAAAAUUUCGAUAACUUUAAAAAAAGGAAAACAGAUUAAAUGAAGGCAAAUUUGUCACAAUUUCUGGGGAGUAAUAAUAUAUUUAUAUAUCAUAAUACAUGAAUAAGAAGAUGUUAAAAAGUUUUCAUUAACCUCCUGAAUAAAACUUAUUUUUAUAACAUUGUAGUAUCUGAUUCAUAUUCUAAGUUUUUUCUUGUGUUCUAACAUCAUUUUUUCAACAAAUUUUUUUUAGAAAAUUGUUAUUAUUGACUUGUCUUCAUUUCCUUUAUAUUACUUUCUGCAUGUGUGUGUUAUAUUUUAUUACAAAAUCUAAAUUCAAAUGCCUCAAUAAAACUUAUUUUUAUUAAA